AUCAUCUAGCAGUGUGUCACCAUCUACAACAUCAACAUCAUCUAGUAGUGUGACACCAUCUACAACAUCGACACCGUCAACUGGCAGCUCUAAUACAGAAGUGACUGUUUAUAUUGGAUUAAAACUCGAUGGCUUGGUGUACGAAGAAAACAUGAAGAACGAAAGUUACUGCAGGGAGAAAUUAAGUGGGGUAAUAAAUGAGGUUGAAAAGAAUGGUAAUACAGCGGUCAAGAAAGUCGAGUGCUUGCCAGGCAGCGUUAUUGCCAACAUGGAAGUAGCAGUUGCUGACGAGCAGGCAGCCAACACAUUCGUACAAACAAUGAAUGAAACUGUGAAUUCAGGUUCGAUUGGAAAUUUCACGGUUGAUUCGAAUUACCCGUUGGGGGCUAACAUCACCAUCACUAAUUCUACGUCAUCAUCUAUUAUGGCAUCAACGAUGGCAAUCACCAUUUCGACAAUGACAUCCACUAGCAGUGUGGCAUCAUCUACAACAUUUACACCCACUAGCAGUCCAAUAUCCUCCACAACAUCGACAUCGUCCAGCAGUGUGUCACCAUCUACAACAUCGACAUCAUCUAGCAGUCCCACAUCUUCCACAACAUCGACAUCGUCCAGCAGUGUGGCACCAUCGACAACAUCGACAUCAUCUAGCAUGACUGUUUAUAUUGGAUUAAAACUCAAUGGCUUGGUGUACGAAGAAAACAUGAAGAACGAAAGUUACUGCAGGGAGAAAUUAAGUGGGGUAAUAAAUGAGGUUGAAAAGAAUGGUAAUACAGCGGUCAAGAAAGUCGAGUGCUUGCCAGGCAGCGUUAUUGCCAACAUGGAAGUAGCAGUUGCUGACGAGCAGGCAGCCAACACAUUCGUACAAACAAUGAAUGAAACUACAACAUCGACAUCAUCUAGCAGUGUGUCUUCAUCUACAACAUCGACAUCAUCUAGCAGUUUGUCACCAUCUAAAACAUCGACAUCGUCAAGCAGUUUGUCACCAGCUACAACAUCGGCAUCAUCUAGCAGUGUGUCACCAUCUACAACAUCGAUAUCGUCAAGCAAUUUGUCACCAUCUACAACAUCGACAUCCUCUAGCAGUCCAACAUCUUCAACAACAUCGACAUCCUCUAGCAGUGUGUCACCAUCUACAACAUCGACAUCGUCAAGCAGUGUGUCACUAUCUACAACAUCGGCAUCAUCUAGCAGUGUGUCACCAUCUACAACAUCGAUAUCGUCAAGCAAUUUGUCACCAUCUACAACAUCGACAUCCUCUAGCAGUCCAACAUCUUCAACAACAUCGACAUCGUCUAGCAGUGUGUCACCAUCUACAACAUCGACAUCGUCAAGCAGUGUGUCACUAUCUACAACAUCGACAUCAUCUAGCAGUGGGUCACCAUCUACAACAUCGACAUCCUCUAGUAGUCCCACAUCUUCCACAACAUCGACAUCGUCCAGCAGUGUUUCUUUAUCUACAACAUCGACAUCAUCUAGCAGUGUGUCUUUAUCUACAUCAUCGACAUCAUCUAGCAGUGUGUCACCAUCUACAACAUCGACAUUAUCUAGCAGUGUGUCUUUAUCUACAACAUUGACAUCAUCUAGUAUUGUGACACCAUCUACAAUAUCGACACCGUCAACUGGCAGCUCUAAUACAGAAGUGAUUGUUGAAUUUGGAUUAAAACUCGAAAACUUGAUGUACGAAGAAAACAUGGAGAACGAAAGUUACUGCAGGGAGAAAUUAAGUGGGGUAAUAAAUGAGGUUGAAAAGAAUGGUAAUACAGCGGUCAAGAAAGUCGAGUGCUUGCCAGGCAGCGUUAUUGCCAACAUGGAAGUAGCAGUUGCUGACGAGCAGGCAGCCAACACAUUCGUACAAACAAUGAAUGAAACUGUAAAUUCAGGUUCGAUUGGAAAUUUCACGGUUGAUUCGAAUUACCCAUUGGGGGCUAACAUCACCAUCACUAAUUCUACGUCAUCAUCUAUUAUGGCAUCAACGAUGGCAAUCACCAUUUCGACAAUGACAUCCACUAGCAGUGUGGCAUCAUCUACAACAUUUACACCCACUAGCAGUCCAAUAUCUUCCACAACAUCGACAUCGUCCAGCAGUGUGUCACCAUCUACAACAUCGGCAUCAUCUAGCAGUGUUACACCAUCUACAACAUCGACAUCAUCUAGUAGUGUGACACCAUCUACAACAUCGACACCGUCAACUGGCAGCUCUAAUACAGAAGUGACUGUUAAAUUUGGAUUAAAACUCGAUGACUUGGUGUACGAAGAAAACAUGAAGAACGAAAGUUACUGCAGGGAGAAAUUAAGUGGGGUAAUAAAUGAGGUUGAAAAGAAUGGUAAUACAGCGGUCAAGAAAGUGGAGUGCUUGCCAGGCAGCGUUAUUGCCAACAUGGAAGUAGCAGUUGCUGACGAGCAGGCAGCCAACACAUUCGUACAAACAAUGAAUGAAACUGUGAAUUCAGGUUCGAUUGGAAAUUUCACGGUUGAUUCGAAUUACCCAUUGGGGGCUAACAUCACCAUCAAUAAUUCUACGUCAUCAUCUAUUAUGGCAUCAACGAUGGCAAUCACCAUUUCGACAAUGACAUCCACUAGCAGUGUGGCACCAUCUACAACAUUUACACCCACUAGCAGUCCAAUAUCUUCCACAACAUCGACAUCGUCCAGCAGUGUGUCACCAUCUACAACAUCGGCAUCAUCUAGCAGUGUUACACCAUCUACAACAUCGACAUCAUCUAGCAGUGGGUCACCAUCAACACCAACAACAUCGACAUCAUCUAGCAGUGUGACAUCAUCUACAACAUCGGCAUCGUCCAGCAGUGGGUCACCAUCUACAACAUCGACAUCAUCUAGCAGUGUGACACCAUCUACAACAUCGACAUCCUCUAGCAGUCCAACAUCUUCCACAACAUCGACAUCAUCUAGCAAUGGGUCACCAUCUACAACAUCGGCAACAUCUAGUAGUGUGACACCAUCUACAACAUCGACAUCGUCUAGCAGUGCGUCACCAUCUACAACAUCGACAUCAUCUAGCAGUUCAACAUCUUCCACAACAUCGACGUCAUCCAGCAGUGUAUCACCAUCUACAACAUCGACAUCAUCUAGCAGUGGGUCACCAUCUACAACAUCGACAUCAUCUAGUAGUGUGACACCAUCUACAACAUCGACAUCGUCCAGCAGUGGGUCACCAUCUACAACAUCAACAACAUCGACAUCAUCUAGCAGUGUGACAUCAUCUACAACAUCGACAUCGUCCAGCAGUGGGUCACCAUCCACAACAUCGACAUCAUCUAGCAGUGUGACACCAUCUACAACAUCGACAUCCUCUAGCUGUCCAACAUCUUCCACAACACCGACAUCAUCUAGCAGUGGGUCACCAUCUACAACAUCGACAUCAUCUAGUAGUGUGACACCAUCUACAACAUCGACUAGCAGUGGGUCACCAUCUACAACAUCGACAUUAUCUAGCAGUCCAACAUCUUCCACAACACCGACAUCGUCCAGCAGUGUGUCACCAUCUACAACAUCGACAUCGUCCAGCAGUGUGACACCAUCUACAACAUCGACAUUGUCCAGCAGUGGGUCAGCAUCUACCACAUCGACCUCAUCUAGCAGUGUGACACCAUCUACAACAUCGACAUCGUCUAGCAGUGUGACACCAUCUACAACAUCAACAUCAUCUAGCAGUGGAUCACCAUCUACAACAUCGACAUCAUCUAUCAGUGGGUCACCAUCUACAACAUCGACAUCAUCUAGUAGUGUGACACCAUCUACAACAUCGACAUCGUCCAGCAGUGGGUCACCAUCUACAACAUCGACAUCAUCUAGCAGUCCAACAUCUUCCACAACAUGGACAUCGUCCAUCAGUGUGUCACCAUCUACAACAUCGACAUCAUCUAGCAGUGGGUCACCAUCUACAACAACGACAUCAUCUAGUAGUGUGACACCAUCUACAACAUCGACAUUGUCCAGCAGUGGGUCACCAUCUACAACAUCGACAUCAUCUAGCAGUGUGACAUCAUCUACAACAUCGGCAUCGUCCAGCAGUGGGUCACCAUCUACAACAUCGACAUCAUCUAGCAGUGUGACACCAUCUACAACAUCGACAUCCUCUAGCAGUCCAACAUCUUCCACAACAUCGACAUCAUCUAGCAAUGGGUCACCAUCUACAACAUCGGCAACAUCUAGUAGUGUGACACCAUCUACAACAUCGACAUCGUCUAGCAGUGCGUCACCAUCUACAACAUCGACAUCAUCUAGCAGUUCAACAUCUUCCACAACAUCGACGUCAUCCAGCAGUGUAUCACCAUCUACAACAUCGACAUCAUCUAGCAGUGGGUCACCAUCUACAACAUCGACAUCAUCUAGUAGUGUGACACCAUCUACAACAUCGACAUCGUCCAGCAGUGGGUCACCAUCUACAACAUCAACAUCAUCUAGCAGUGGGUCACAAUCUACAACAUCGGCAUCAUCUAGCAGUUGGGUCAGCAUCUACCACAUCGACAUCAUCUAG